CAUGUCCGUCUAGGUCGCUCGCGUGUCUCCCGUCCCCUGCCCUUCUUUCGCUUUCUUCCCUCGCCUACACGCACCCUCGAUUAGUGCUGGCGACCUGGAGAACCAUGGUUAACAAAUCCGUACGCAAGUCCAAGAACGGCACCAUCCUGUUCGAGCCCUUCAUCGUCUACCGUAUACACCGGUGAUCAGACGCACGCCUCCCUCCUGCCUCAACGCACCGCUGCCCGCAUACAGUCGUGUCGUUCAACCGGCCCUUCUUAUCAACCCCUGCCUCCGCAGACCGUCCCCCAGCGCCCAUGCCAUCAGCACCACAACAAUCUUGGCCCCCAUCCCUUUUCUACAUGGCUCGCUCUAAGCUGAAUACCGCCGUCUCCGGCGUCAGCAAGGACUCUAGCAGUCUCCACCGCUGGGUCCUCCUCAAAAAUUCCAUCCUCCGUUCUCACACAGUCGACCCUGCCCCGCCCACGGCAGACGCUGAUGUACAACAUGUAUAUAGACCCGACGACGAGGCACACGACGAGGUUGAGGAGGAUGCCUUCAUGUUCCCUGAUCCCCACGCUCUUGGCUCUCGCAGCGCCGGCGGUGGCGACUCCGAGAAGCAGUGGCUAGACUCGCUUUUGGAAGAUCUUGGCGACGACGACGACUAUGCGGAUGUUGACGGUCCCGCUGCGUCGAGCUCAUCAUUGCCCGUAGACGAAGACGACGAGCAGCUGAGUCCGUUGUGUUCACCAAGCUCAUCAUCGGACGACCUCGUCGGACAGCACUCCAGCUUGUUCUAUCAGCCGCCACCUAUUGCGGUACCCUACCCUGUACCAUAUCCCCCUCUCCAUUCCCCACUUUCGCCCUCUUGGCUCCAGCUGGACUCGUGUGACCAUGAUCCCCUUCCCUACUUCGACGUAGAUGACGACGUAGAGGACCUCUGCAUGCCAGACGCGAUCGAGGACACGUCCGACGACGAGUCCGACGCGCUUUCGACGCCAUACAGCCGGUCCAUGUCAUCGUUGUCCCCUACCGACCCAGCGUCUGUGCCGUUGCCCGCGGAACGGACGCGGUUGCGCGGCCAUCCCCACGUGUACGUUGAGUCGGACAGUGACUAUUUCUACCCUUUCGAGCUCGAUCCGCCUCUCCCCUUCCACGACGAAGACCAUUCGGAUAGCGACCGCGUCUUCCGUUCCCCCAUCUACCAGGAGUGUUAGCCCUUUGUCAUGUCGAUUAUUCCCUUCCUUCGUGUAUAUACUGUUACGCCACUACCAUCAUCAUCACCUGCCGCUUGCUCUCCCCCUCCCCACUCUCGUCUACACGUCCUUCGCCUCCUGUGUUGUCGUAUAUUACUCGUCGUAUGCUCUCCUUCCUCCACAGUGUCGUGUUAAUCCCUCUCUUACUCUCGGGUGUCCAUAGUACUUGUUUUCCACAUGCAGGGUUGCUUUGAUAAUGACCGUCAUAUGUGUAAUAAUAUGGGGUCUAAUACAUCGUGUUCGAG